GCAGCCUUUGGAGGCGAGCUGCAGCCUGCUUUUGCCUCACUCGCCCGCGAACCGCGCUCUGUCCGUGCUUCGCCUCGGGUUCUGCUCUGUCCACCGCUGCCGCCAUGGCCCAAGCUGACAUUGCACUGAUUGGACUGGCUGUCAUGGGCCAGAACUUAAUUUUGAACAUGAAUGACCACGGCUUUGUGGUCUGUGCCUUUAACAGGACGGUCUCCAAAGUUGAUGAUUUCUUGGCCAAUGAGGCAAAAGGAACCAAAGUGGUGGGUGCUCAGUCCUUGAAGGAGAUGGUCUCCAAGCUGAAGAAGCCCCGGCGCAUUAUCCUACUCGUGAAGGCUGGUCAGGCUGUCGAUGACUUCAUCGAGAAACUGGUACCAUUGUUGGACACUGGUGACAUCAUCAUCGAUGGAGGCAAUUCUGAAUAUAGGGAUACCACAAGACGGUGUCGAGACCUCAAGGCCAAGGGAAUCUUAUUCGUGGGGAGUGGAGUUAGUGGUGGAGAGGACGGGGCCCGGUACGGCCCAUCACUCAUGCCAGGAGGAAACAAAGAAGCUUGGCCCCACAUCCAGGCAAUCUUCCAGGGCAUCGCCGCGAAAGUGGGAACUGGAGAACCCUGCUGUGACUGGGUGGGAGAGGAGGGAGCAGGACACUUCGUGAAGAUGGUGCACAAUGGGAUAGAGUACGGGGACAUGCAGCUCAUCUGUGAGGCUUACCACUUGAUGAGAGAUGUUCUGGGCAUGGAGCAGAAUGAGAUGGCACAGGCCUUUGAGGAGUGGAACAAGACGGAGCUAGACUCAUUCCUGAUUGAAAUCACAGCCAAUAUUCUCAAGUUCCAAGAUACCGAUGGCAAGUUCCUGCUGCCAAAGAUCAGGGACAGUGCGGGGCAGAAGGGCACCGGGAAGUGGACUGCUAUCUCUGCCCUGGAGUACGGCGUCCCUGUCACCCUCAUCGGAGAAGCUGUCUUUGCUCGAUGCUUGUCAUCCCUGAAGGACGAGAGAAUUCAAGCGAGCAAAAAACUGAAGGGUCCUCAAAAGAUCCAGUUUGGAGGUGAUAAGAAAUCAUUCCUGGAGGACAUUCGGAAGGCCCUCUAUGCUUCCAAGAUCAUCUCGUACGCUCAAGGCUUUAUGCUGCUGAGACAGGCGGCCACUGAGUUUGGCUGGACGCUCAAUUAUGGCGGCAUCGCCCUGAUGUGGAGAGGGGGCUGCAUCAUCCGGAGUGUAUUCCUAGGAAAGAUAAAGGAUGCAUUUGAUCGAAACCCAGAACUUCAGAACUUACUGCUAGACGACUUCUUUAAGUCAGCUGUUGAAAACUGCCAGGCCUCCUGGCGGCGGGCAGUCAGCACUGGGGUCCAGGCAGGCAUCCCCAUGCCCUGCUUCACUACUGCCCUCUCCUUCUAUGACGGGUACAGACAUGAGAUGCUGCCAGCCAACCUCAUCCAGGCUCAGCGGGAUUACUUUGGGGCUCACACCUAUGAACUCUUAGCCAAACCGGGACAGUUUAUCCACACUAAUUGGACAGGCCAUGGUGGCAGCGUGUCGUCCUCUUCGUACAAUGCCUGAUCAGACUGUUCUGUCACCCUCCACGAUUCCAUAGACCAGGACAUUCCACGUGCCACAUGGCACUGCUACAUGGCCCUUUGCCCUCUUUUCUGCUCAGAUCUCUUAAAGUGUUGUAAGACACUCCUGAAAAAGCCAGAGCCUAUUUGUCAAGUAGUUCUGUGAGAGCCAUCUGUCCUGCCCUGCCUCUUGGGACUGACCAGGAGCCAGUCAUGCGUGUGACAACCAGCUCCUUGCAGCAGUUGUUUCCACAUGUCCCCUGUGGCUCUUGUCAGAUAGAUGGGAAGGCGUUUGUCCAAUUUGAUCAAACUGGAAACUUUGUAUCAUGCAGCUGAAUCCCUUUCUCCUUUACUCAAUAAAGGCCACAUUAUAUUUA